AUGCCGCUAUUCUGCUCUAGAAAAGGUGACACUCCCGUUGAGCCCGGGCCAAAUCCCUUCAAACCUCCAAUGAUUCUCAACAUCCAUAUGAAAUAUGAUGAACGUGUACAAACUCUGGAAGUACUUGUUAGAAACCUACAAAAUUCCCCUCGCGGAGAAAAAGUCAAGGCCAAACUUACUUUUGUUUUAAUUACCUUGAAGGUUGUGGGAAUAUUUUUGGAAAGAAGUACUUGCGACAGGAGAAAGAAACCGGGUUUCGUCGGUCGCGUAAUUCGUCGUGAAAAGACUGAUGAUGAAGGAUACGUUAUUAAAUCGUACAAAACUUCCUCCAAAGCUGGUCCAAAUCCGCAUUUCAACAAAAAAUUUCCAUUUGGCGACCUAAUCCGAUGUAAGAAACGACAUUCCACCUUAGAAUUUUCUCAAUACUCAGCUACUAAGCUCAAAAAGAUAGUAUCGCCUAACUCUAUUGAAUCUGUUAUUAGUGAUGUUCACUGUGGAAAGCUAAUCUUCGAAAUUCAUGGAAGUGGCUUUAAUAGAAAAAAAAUUUUCGGGUGCGUUGAAAUGGACGGAUCGGAGAUUCAAAUUGACCAAGACACCGCUUAUAGUCUCUAUGUCCGCGAUCCAAGCUGUACUCCUACUCAGUAUCUUCUGGAUCAAGAUGUCACCAUACCGACGAUUCAGGAACAGUACUAUGUGAGUUUUUUGGCUUUCAGGAUAAAUCAGUUGUACGAAAUUGUUAAUGGGCUUGGAAGAAAACGAGCCUAUUCGCACUCAGAUUGUGACUCAAUUAGCAUAUCAUCUUCUUCAUCUUCUUCUUCUGGUGAUUCAGAUAUAACCAUAUAUGAGAUUGUUCAAGUUGAUCCCUGCAAAGCAUCGACACUGUCAGGCAAUGUGUAUUACCUAAUUGCAGCUGAAUCCUCUAUUGAUGAGUGUACCAUGAUACUGCGCUCAAACAUUCAACACGACGUUCGUCAACAAAAACUUACUGUCUUCAUUAGAAAUCUUGGAAUUGUGGAUGAUAAAUUACCUCAUUUUGUUAAAUGCGUCCUUUACACUGCUGAUGGCCGAAGACUAGAGCGUAAAACCGGUAAAAAGUACGGAUGCAACCCCUAUUUCAAUCAGGAACUCGUAUUCUCCAAACUCGUACAAGCUGACAUUCGUGGUGGACACCUACUCUUUACUGUGCUUGAAAAAAAGAGAUGUGGAAAGAAAGUGAUUGGAAUGGGCAUAAUUCCAGGAUCAAGAAUCAAUUUGUGUCGUGAUGAAGCUUAUUGCACCGCCAUCGUACAACAAUAUUGCUCCAUGAUUCCGCAGAAAUUCAUUUACAACCCGAAGGAUGUGGACCCCGAACCUGACAAUCUCAUUCGUGUUGUCUAUCCGGAAUGUCAGAAGCACAUGGAAGUCUACAACUAG